AUGAUGCCAGAACGUUCACAGCAACAGACUCCAACCGGCGCCGGAAUGCAGUUCGGUUACGGACAUUUUGAUGUAAUAUCCAUGCAAGGUUUAAAUGAUUCUUACGGCUAUUAUCAGCAACCAGGACUAUAUCCACCAUUUGGAUUUGAUGAUCAACCACAAUGGCAACCAAGUGACACACAGCCACAGAUGCCAUACUUUCAUCCCAUGUAUAGUCCAUCAAUGAAUGAAAUACCUCGUAGUCCAUUCGAUUAUGCACCACAUUAUCUAACAGGACAUCCACCACAAUACGGACACCCUGGUUUUCCGUCAACAUUUCCUCAAACUUCAUUCGAUAUGUCGUGGAACCCUCAAGCAACCGCAUUUGCUCAACAACAAAAUCAACAACUGCAACAACCACUGAACACACAACAAACGCAAAUGAAUGCAGGUCAAGGAACAGCUAGCGGAAGUGUAGGAAAAAAACAAUCAGUGUAUGAUGAAUAUUUGCCAGACUCAAUUGGUGUGGGUUUACGAGGCAAUACUAGUGGUGUAGGACAAAAUGUCGAUAUGUUAGCGCAACAAAUGACAUCGGUCGAUAUAAGUGAACAUCACCCUCAUUCUCUUCAACAACAACACUCAAAACAACUUCAAGAUAGUUUUACAUUAAACGUUAAUGAACCGAAUUUAACAAGUACGAAUCACACGAACACUAAUACUAAUACGAUUGCUAAAGAACACCAACUUUCGAACAUUGGUAGUGAUCGAAAUACAAUUACAUCUGCUUCACAGCAAUCGUCAGGCGGACCGAAGUCGUAUGCAUCUGUUGUCUCUUCUGAUACUAAUAAAAUAUUAUCGAAUAAUAGCAGUAAUACUACACGUCAACAACAAACAUCGUCAUCAACAACAGCAACUACAAAUCAAUCACAACAGAAUUCAUCAUCAAAUCAAACGAAUGUUCAUGACCGUAAUAAUUUAACGGCAAACAAUGCGUUUGGUAACGAAUCGAUUCGUAAUAGUGGUGCUGCAGGAGGACGUAAUAAUUAUUCGGCAUCGGUUAUGUCAAGUAAUACAGAAAAUAAUUACGGUCCACAACAAAGAGGCGGAGGUACUAGUUCAGGCGGUUAUAAUUCUCGUAACAAUCAACAGGGUGGAGGACCACAUACACUAACUUGGGCGAAUAAUCCAGCAUCAAAUAGUACCAAUACUAUACGAGGUGCAUCGGGUAACGGUCAAUCGAGCAACUACUACGGAAAUUCUAAUUAUUAUGAACGUUCGUCGAAUAAUAAUACAGCUGGUGGUAGUAGUGCGAAUAAUCAAUAUCCAAAACGUGCGUAUUCGACCACAUUAGGAUCCACAUCGUCAAAUAAUUAUCAACAGCAAGGACAAUAUUCUACUGGUGGUGGUAAUCGUUCAUCGAAUGUAAGUAAUGGUGGACCAUCCUCAUCUGUUCAACCGAUAACAGCUGCCAAUCAGGAAAUAUUAGAUAAUUUAAAACGUAAUCACCAAUAUAAUCCAAAAGACUUUAAUUUAUCACCGAAAGGUGCAAGAUUUUUUGUGAUUAAAUCUUAUUCCGAAGAUGACGUACAUCGCUCUAUUAAAUAUAAUAUAUGGUGUUCAACGGAACAUGGCAAUAAACGUUUAGAUACAGCUUUUCGUGAACGAGAAGGAAAAGGUCCGUUGUAUUUAUUUUUUAGCGUAAAUGCAUCAGGACAUUUUUGUGGUAUGGCUGAAAUGAUGUCACCUGUUGACUAUGAUACAAAAACGGAUGUUUGGCAUAUGUCAAAUAAGUGGCAAGGUAAAUUUGAAGUUAAAUGGAUUUAUGUUAAAGAUGUACCGAAUCAACAAUUUCGUAACAUUCGGUUAGAAAAUAAUGAAAAUAAACCUGUAACAAAUUCACGUGAUACACAAGAAAUACUGUAUGAAAAAGGUAAACAAAUGCUAAAAAUCAUGCAUUUUUUUCGUGAUAAAACAAGUAUCUUUGAUGAUUUUCAAUAUUAUGAAUCGAAACAAGCUGAAGAGACUAAAAAACCGGUGUUAUUAUCCGGUAGUAAUGCUACAAUAGGUAAUAAAAGGGACACUAAUAAUCAGAACGAUAAUACUAAUAAGAAUAAUACGUUAUCGUCAUUUCGUAAAAGCAAUACGUCACCUGGUGCAAAUAAAUUAUCAAAUCGUUCAACACCCUCACCAGCAGCAACAACUAUACAAAACAAUGAUGUUGAUGAACUGUUAAAACAAAAAUCAUCUGAAGAUAACAUUAUUUAUGAUGAUAAUGAAGAAGAAAAAACCGGACAAAAUAAUAACGAGGAUAAUGAGUAA